AUGGCAAAAAUGAGUCUCUCCUCCUACACAUUGAUACUAACUUUGUCUUUGCUUUCUCAAGCCAUUUUACUUUCAGCAUCCAAGUCCAUGAGAAAUUUAGAAGAUGACAUGGUAUUUAACACAUUUAGGCUGGGUAAAGCCUUUCAGAAGGAAGAUACUGCAGAAAAAUCAGUCAUUGCUCCUUCCCUGGCACAAUAUAAAAAUGAUGAGAGCGGGUUCAUGGAUGAUGAGGAAAACAAAAAUUCAAGGAACACAGGCUCUAAACAUAAUUUCUUGAAUCAUGGUCUGCAACUGAAUCUGGCUAUAAAACCUGAUCUUGCGCCAAAAGGAUCUGUAGCUUUUCCAGCUGAGAAUGGAGUUCAGAAUAUUGAAUCAACACAAGAAAAGAGAGAAACUGGGGAUGAAGAAAACUCAGCUAAAUUUCCUAUAGGAAGAAGAGAUUUUGACAGUGAGUAG